AUGGCCAGGAUUCGAAAAUACAAUCCGCCCCAAGACGGUGACGAGAACGCGGUCAGCAACGCCGAUACAGGGAAUACGAGAGUGGUGGUUCAGUUAGACGACGACGAGGACGCGAGCCUGCCAGACGACGGAGAUGAAAUGCAUGACGAAAAAAGGCAAAUGAAUCUCAGGGAGGCAAUUCCGUGGCUCCUGUACAAGCAUCUCGACGGGUACUUCCAAGGGAUUAGAGCUUUGGUGGACAAGUCUGAUCGUGUCCCCGAAUAUCCCCACGACACACAGAAGCCCUCCAUCUCUUCCUCGCCCUUGAGGUACAAUGCUCGAAAACCCCGAUCCUACGAUCCAUAUCGCCCCUCCUCCAGCACGCGAACGUGCUACCUCGACCGAGACCACCGCAUCCCCGCCCCUGCCAUUUAUGCCUAUGAUGGUGUCCCUUGGCACAUGCCCGACCCAGCACUCGGGUCGUAUGAGCUUCUGGGCAUCAAUGGCGACGUGUGCUUCGACCGUUUUGGUCGUUACGGACCUUAUGGCCUCGGAUACUCCAAGCUUCGAGGCGGCGCCGGCGUCGGCAUGGACACCGAGAAUUCCGAUAGCGACCAAGUUUGGGCCGCGACUGGGCAGAUAAACUACCACCGCGUGGAUUGGGGGUAUGCGCAGGAGAUGUGCUCCGAAGCCAACAAGCACAGGUUCCUUGAGCCCGACCGGAACACCGAAGAGCUCCCCCCAGCAGGCCUACACCUCAAAGGCAAAAAGGGUCGCAUCGCUGUCGUCGUGCGCUGCUACCAGGGAUUCGAGUGGACGGAUCUCGCGAUUCUCAACUUUCGAGCCAUGGUGACGGAGCUUUCCUUGAGGUCGGGGGGCGAAUAUACCGUUCACUUACUGCUGCACGUUCGCGAUGUCGACUUGCCAAUCUGGGCCGACGACCUCACUGCUCAACAUCUCCUCGACGACUAUGUUCCGGUAGAGUUUCACAGCCUCGUGACGCUCUGGAGCGAGCCCCAGAUGAGACUCUUCUAUCCCGGCGACUUUGCCGAGGCGCUUGAAAACCCGAGUGGCCAUAGCGUGCAUGGCGUCUACAGGAGCGCACACAUGCCGCUGCAGGUGUUUGCAAUGAAGCACCCCGAAUACGAGUACUUUUGGAACUGGGAGAUGGACAUGCGUGUCGUCGGCAAUUACUACGAGAUGCUCGAUCGGAUUGGACGAUGGGCAGACGACCAGCCACGUUCACUGCUGUGGGAGCGCAGCGCCCGUUACUUCAUCCCCAACUAUCACGGUACAUGGGAAAACUUCACCAGGGAGGUGAAGCUGGACACGCUGCUCUCGGGCGAAAGGCCGGUCUUUGGGCCGGUCAUGUUUACGGGGCGCCGGCCUCUCCGCCAUGAGCAGCAGGGAUGGUCCGUCCUGCCAGAUAGCUGCGUGUCCGCACGAGGGCCCGCCCAGUGCGGCGUGGGCGAAGGAGCAGACCUCAUCACACUGAACCCGAUAUUUGACGUGAACGAAUCCGGAUGGGUCUUCGCCAACGACGUAACAGGCUACAGCGAUGCCGACUCGUCGCACCCUCCUCGACGAAGCGCCAUCAUCACGGGUUCGCGUCUCAGCCGGCGCCUGCUCGUGGCGAUGCACGAGGAGGUCUGGCGACAUCGCCAUACCAUGUUCUCGGAAAUGUUCCCGCCCACAGUGGCACUGCACGGCGGCUUCAAGGCCUUGUACGCGCCGCAUCCCGUGUACUUGGAACGCGCGUGGCUCCCUCUGGGCUCGGCACUGAACGCCGCCUUCAACAGUGGAAAGCACAACUCGGCGUCUGGCAGGAACUCUCCCUACGACAUGGAGAACGAGCACAACCACAAGGGCACGAGCUGGUACUACCACAGCGAGUUCGCCGGGCUCCUGUGGAGGCGAUGGCUAGGAUACCCGCAGAUGGACGGUCGGGGAGCACGAGGCACGGAAAGGGGAGGCAUCAUGGAGGAGAGUGCCAAGGGUAGCAGCGGACGCAUGUGCUUGCGCAGCAUGCUAGUACAUCCCAUCAAAUACGAGCGUCCAGCGGAAGAAUGA